UUACUAGCCAUCUGUAACAGUAGCAUAACAGUAAUAGACUCUACUGGUGAAAUGGGAGAUGAGAUACAGCCAAGAAGUUAUUGGAGAUGGAGCAAACACGAUUUCUUCCCGGGAGAUUCUUUCCAGAAUUGGAGCGCAUACCGAUCAGCACUGUCACAAACAUUUACCAGAUUGAAGGACCGAGUUGCAUGCCGUUCUGAGGAUGCUGAUGAGAUUGUGGAGCUAAGGAAAGAAAGUGAGAAUGAGAUGAAACGUUGCCUUAGUUGGUGGGACCUCACCUGGUUUGGCUUUGGCUCUGUUAUUGGAGCCGGCAUCUUCGUACUCACUGGCCAAGAAGCUCAUGAACAUGCCGGACCAGCUAUAGUUUUAUCCUAUGUGGCUUCUGGCAUUUCAGCAAUGCUCUCUGUUUUCUGCUACACAGAAUUUGCAGUAGAAAUUCCCGUAGCAGGAGGGUCAUUUGCAUACAUCAGAGUAGAACUGGGAGACUUUGCAGCCUUUAUCACAGCAGGAAACAUAAUUCUUGGAUCCAUUGCUGGUAGUGCCGCAGUAGCAAGAGCCUGGACUUCUUACUUUACAACUCUCUUGAAUCGUCACCCAAACUCUUUACGUAUACAUACAAAUCUCAUAGACGGGUUCAACUUACUAGAUCCAAUAGCUGUUGCAAUUUUAGCAAUUACAUCAAUAAUUGCAAUAAGCAGCACUAGAAGAACUUCAUACUUCAACUGGAUAGCAUCAGCAGUAAAUAUGGUGGUGAUUUCAUUUGUCAUAAUUGCUGGACUUGCUCAUGCCAAUACCUCCAAUUUGACACCCUUUGCGCCACAUGGUGCCAAAGGUAUCUUCGUUGCAGCGGCAAUAGUGUAUUUUGCAUAUGGGGGUUUCGACAACAUUGCAACCAUGGCAGAGGAAACAAAAAAUCCAUCGAAAGAUAUACCACUAGGGUUGCUAGGAUCAAUGUCAAUUAUCACUGUGAUAUAUUGCUUGAUGGCACUUUCACUAAGUAUGAUGCAAAAGUAUACAGAUAUAGACCCUAACGCCGCCUACUCUGUUGCAUUUCAAAGAGUGGGGAUGAAAUGGGCAAAAUACCUGGUUGCCCUUGGAGCUCUGAAAGGAAUGACCACUGUCCUUUUGGCAGGAGCAAUUGGACAGGCACGCUAUGCCACUCAUAUUGCACGAGUUCAUAUGAUUCCACCAUGGUUUUCACUUGUUCACCCAAAGACAGGAACUCCCAUAAAUGCAACUCUCUUGAUCAGACUUGCAAGUGCCUGUAUAGCAUUCUUUUCAAGUUUGGAUGUCUUGGCAAGUUUGUUAUCUAUAAGCGGCCUUCUAAUAUCCAUGAUGAUGGCUGUUGCUCUGCUUGUGCGGAGAUACUAUGUCAGAGGUAUCACCCCCCGGACGAAUCUUUUGAAGCUUACCUUCUUUCUACUGGUCAUAAUUGUAUCCUCCGUUGGGACUUCUGCUUAUUGGGGACUGAACCCUAAUGGUUGGCUUGGUUACACAGUAACUGCUCCCCUUUGGUUCCUGGCAACCUUGGCAAUUUCGGUUCUUUUGCCACAGGAUAGAACACCAAAAGUCUGGGGAGUCCCACUGGUUCCUUGGUUCCCAUCCCUCUCAGUUGUAAUAAACGUGUUUCUCAUGGGAUCAUUAGGAGCUCAGGCAUUUAUAAGGUUUGGCAUAUGUACAGUUGUAAUGCUGAUAUAUUAUAUAUUUUUUGGCCUCCAUGCAACUUAUGACAUGGCUCAUCAACCAAAGAAGCCAACGACUUCAAGGAUCUUAGAAGAAGAUAUAGGAAGCGCUAGGGCAUAAGUUUUUUUAGACCUAUGAUAAAAUCUGGGACUUGAGUUCCAUCACACUUAAUCCUGCAAUCAUAAGAUUUAUGUUAGAUGAAGUCAUCACUGAUCAGACAGAAUCCUAUCAUUAUGAAUAAUGAAAACUGUCUACCACAGUUCAUGUUAGAGAAAUACAUUCUCGAAAAUUUCAAUGAUAGUCAAGUGAUUAUUGAUCCUUUUAUUCA